AACAUGUACUGUACAGUACAGGUACAUGUACACCGUACAUGUACAGUCUGUGAGCGUAAAGCACAGCAGCCGAAUUGCAAAGGUUGUUCUCGGUCUUGCCGCGCCUGAUUCCAGCAACAUGGAGGAAGUUGAUAAUAUAAUUAUCCACACAUUUCGCCAAGUUGGAUGUGACAUUGAUGAGGAUGUUGUCAGCUUGAGGCAGUUCUCCACCGAGUUGAUUAUUGAAGCCACAGUCAGAUGCCUGAAGAUCAUCGAUGAUUCCACCAGCCUCCCCUUGGCUUUGCCUCCGGGCAUGUCUGCCCGCUUCCGCAUGGGAACAGACCUGGCUAAUGCUCUUGUGUCUCUCGGAUACAAAGGUGAGAUGGGAUACCAGACCUUUCUCUACUCCAACGAGGCUGACAUCAGGCGAGUCCUGAUGUUCUUGGUCGAGAAGUUACCCAAGGACACUGCAGUCACCUCAGAUGAGCCGCUAGGUAAAUCAGCAUUGCUGAAUCGUUCUAUUGCGGCCAGUAUACUGAUCAAGCUACAGACACCCUGGCUUCCCCCAUGCUGUAAGAAGCGGGGGAUACGAUGGCGGACGCCAAAACAGUGGAACAGGGAGGGUGCUAGUGGCACACAUUUGUUUCACAGUAUUGUGGUCACUGUCCCCAGUGGGCUGGAUGACCUGUCAAGAAAAAUUCCUAAAGAGGUCAAAAGCUACUACUCUAAAGACCUGCCGCUUGUGUCACAGCAGCCGUCGCGCCACGAGGACACGGCAGCAUCGUUGCUUGAAACCAAUGCUGCUGAGGUGACAGCAGCGCAAGAGUGGGAGGCAGAAUGGAACAGCGCGGGGCUGCAGUCCAGACUGACACCUCAGGAGUACAAGGCCCGCAAGAAGGAGCGGCUACAGAAGAAGAUUGCCAGUCAGCUGCAGCAGGACGUCCAGAAGGCUGAAGCAGGAGGAGCCACCACAGUGGGGGCAGCGGAUCUACUGCAGUUCCUCAGCAACUUCAGUGACAGGACUCCCAGCAAGCAGCAAGGCAAGGGCUCCCGGUUCACCCACACCUCUAAGCUACAGUUUGCUCAGGAUGACGACAAGGCCAUCUCUCAGAUGGGCAUUGGGGAGGGCGUGCCCAAGGCAGACACGGAGGAGGAACUGCGCCAGAAGAGAGAAGAGGAACAGCAGGGCCUGCGGGAUCAGCUGACCCAACUCACCAAUCAGAUGGACGUGCUGGAGCUGGACAUGAAGAAAUUCACAGCCGGAAUACAGCAGAUGGAGGAACAGAAGAACCUUGAGGAACGGCAAAAUGCCGAGAAAGAGGACACGUACAAAGUCAAGAAAAGAACCAUGGAUCUUCUUCCUGACGCUGAAAAUAAUAUAGCAAAACUGCAGGGAGUAGUGGAGUCGAGUGCUCAACGUCUGGUGAGUCUAGCUAAGCAGUGGGAGAAGCACAGGGCUCCCCUCAUCGAGGAAUACCGGAAACUGAAGGAACAGAAUGCUAACAAAGAGAGUGAGUCGCUGAAGAAGCUGGAGGAUAUUCAGGCGUUGAGGGACAGGAUGAAAGAGGUUGUGGAUGAAACCAGGGGCAAGGAGGAACUGCACAAACAACUGGUCUCCGAGUAUGAGCGCAUGACCAAGGAUGUCAAUCGGUCAGCCUACACACGGAGGAUAUUGGAAAUAGUGGCAAACAUCAAGAAGCAGAAACAAGAAAUCCAAAAGGUUCUCGUCGACACCAAGACACUUCAGAAGGAAAUCAACCACAUGUCAGGGAAGCUGGACCGAACUUUUACUGUCACAGAUGAACUUAUCUUCAAGGAUGCCAAAAAAGAUGAAUCAGUCCGCAAGGCGUACAAAUACCUGGCAGCCCUUCAUGAAAAUUUUGACCAACUCAUUAAGACUGUGGAAGAGACAGGCAGCAUUGUCAGGGAGAUCCGAGAUCUUGAAGACCAGAUUGAAACUGAAAGUAACAAGAAAACGAUAGCCAAUCUGGAAAAGAUUACUGCCGACUACAAGGAGAUGAAGAAGGAAAACACCGUCUUGAUGGUCAAGGUCAAAGGCAAAUGAACUGACUCAGCAUCAUAACUUCCAUCCUUCUCAUCACUGACAAUAUUGUGCACACUGCCGGCUUCAUUUCAGCAGUCAUCACAAGAACUAGAAAUGAAUUUCCUUUAAGUAGUUUUGUUUCAUUCUUUGCUUGAGAACUUCCCCAAAAAGUCUUUAAAAAAAAAAUCCCUGUUUAUUUGGAAACUAUUUCUAUUUCCAGAGUGGCAUUCCAUUUUUCACAUGCCUCUGCAGAAAAUGAUCUAAUCAUCGUUUUUGUUUACACCUAAAAUAAAUUGUUUGAGUUAUGAAGUAAACCAUAACAAAUGGCAACGUGCUGGACAAAUAAACAUUUAUGAAAAGCCAUAAAUUGCGAAUGUGCAGACAUUGUCCAGCCUGUGUUAUCCCAAAACUAUUUUGCUAAAUGUUUGCUGACUUGCCAAUAAAGAAUUCUUGUCAAUGAAAAGACCACUAGUACCAAUGAGUCAAUAAAGACUCAUACACUGAAGUGAUAAGUAAGAAUGUGUAUUUUAGCGAUGAUAGAACUAUUAUUUUAUACAAUUGAGAGACAAAUUGUGUUGUUAUGCCAAUGAAUUUAGCAAAGUAAUGUUUGAGGGAUGUUGAAUAACAAAAUACCAUAACAAUCUAACAUACUAGUUACCUUUAUUAGCCUCUUUAUGAAGUAAUGCUUAUAAAACUUCGCAAAAUAAUUCUUUACCAUUGUAAUGGCCUACAUUGUUUUAUCUAAUACCUUUUAUUGUCGGCCGACAGCAUAAAUUAACAUAUUCCUUACAUGCAAUGCUUAUUUCAACGUUUCUCAACAGUGAAGUAUCUGAUAUGACUUGGAAGUAUUUCAGGAAGAAAGUGCACUGAAGAAUUCUUUGAUGAUAAUAAAAUGAUAUACCUCAUGUUA